AUGUCAGUUUAUCUGAUAUCGUUAAUCUUUUCUACUGAAUUAAAACAGGUGAUUCCUACCACUAUUUUGGUUAAACUGAAAAAUGUUUCAUCUAGUAUAUUAAAUGAGGCAGCUCGUGAAUAUGUCACUUUGAUCUCUGAGGAUACCUUGAUAAUAGACAUGAUAGAAGACAACACAAAUGAAGUAAUACUAAAAACUGAAAAUAAUGAAUGUGUAAAUGAUCGUCUAAAGGAAUUAAUGUUUGAAAAUAUCAAGGAAAUAAAUAUAAAUGAUUUGAUUGAAAUUGAUGAAGAGUUCAAAUCAGAUCAAUCUUUAGUAGAAUGUAAUGUUAAUACCUUGAAACCGGGCAGUAUAGUUUGUUUGACGGCUUUUGUCAAUAUGAAUGAAAUGUAUAUUAGGAAGUUUGAAGAUUACAAUGACGAAUUUCAUAAUUUAUUGGACAAGGUUAAUGAAUUCUGUUUAUCAGCUGAACCAAUUAAUAGGCCUUUGAUAAUUGGUCAAAUUGUUGGAGCUCAGUCUACAUUAGAUGAUAGUUUUUAUAGGGGAAAAGUUUUAAAAAAAAUUGAUGACGUUACUUAUUCAAUACAGUUUAUUGAUUUUGGUGAUAAAGAUAACGUACCUUUGUCAAAAAUAUUUGAAAUUCCCACAGAUUUUAUGGUUCCUUCAACUGUUAUGGAAAUUAAUCUUAAAGGUAUUAAGUCUCAUUCAUUAACCAUCGAAGCAUCAAAUUAUAUUACUAACUUAUUAUCAACGUAUGAGCCAUUGUCAAUAGAUUUUGAUAAUCAAUUUCCUAUUAAAGAUGUUACGUUAGUAGUAAUUAAAAAUAAUGAAAAUGUUGCUGAAAGCUUAAAUAAACUUCUAAAGGAUGAAAGCAGUACUACAACUAACACGAUUGUUGAAGAUGAACAUGUAAAAGAAGAAGAGUUAAUGGAGUUACCAGACAUACAUAAAGCAUCCGAGGUUAGAGAAUCUAAAUUGUGUGAUGUAACUAAUAUAUUGAAAAACGGGGACAUUGUUUUUAUUACGUCAUAUAUUGAUUCGUAUAAUAUUUUUGUCCGUAAACUUGAAGAUAAUAAUGUUGAAUUUCAAAAUCUUAUUGAAAGCGUCAAUACUUAUUGUAUCUCAGAAAAUACUUCGAAAAGUAAAUCUCCAGAAUUAAAUGAAAUUGUAGGCGCUAAAAGUUCAGUUGAUGGAUAUUUUUAUCGAGCAAAAAUUGUUGAAAAAACUGAUGAAAAUACUUAUGAAACAAUUUUUAUUGAUUAUGGUUUUGAAGAAAGUGUGAAUAUUGCCAAUAUUGUUCCGCUGCCUAUACAACUACAGCAGGUUACUCCAACUAUCACUCUAGUUGGGCUCAAAGGUGCAAAUUUUGAAAAUCUUAAUUCAGAAAGCCAUAGUUAUUUAGAAAAUCUUAUGUUACUCAGUGAACCAAUGAAAAUAGAGUUUGAAGAUUUAACUAAAGUAAAGUUAACUGUCAUUAGCCAAAAGCAAAAUGUCAUAGAUCAUUUAAAUGAAUUGAACGUGGACAGCACCACAGUGGAUAAUACCAUUAUCAAUAAUUCUUUGCAACUUACUUCUGGUAUGAAGUAUAUAUCUAACGACAUCACUGUCCCCCUUAUACCACCGUUGACAAACAAAUGCAUAAUUACUAUUCACGCGUUUAUCAGUUUAAAGGAUAUUUAUAUCAGUGUGCCUUUCAAUAAAGCCGAAGUGGAUAAGUUUUUAAAAGACUUUUCUGUCUAUUGUUUGACUUCACAACCUAUUACCAGAAAUCCAGUUGUAGGUGAAGUUUUUGGUAUCAGAUCGUCUACUGAUAAUUCAUUUAAUAGGGGUGUUGUUGAAGAAAAGUUGAACGAAAAUCAAUACAAAGUAGUUUUAUUUGAUUUAGGCACUAAAGAUAUUGUGUCAGCAAAUAGUUUUGUGGAAAUUCCAGAACACUUACAACAGGUUCCUCGUACUAUUUAUUCGAUACGUCUCAAAGAUAUCGAUUCGGGAAUUCUUAAUGCUCAAGCAAUGUCUUAUGUCAAUAUGCUCUGUGAAAAUUUGCCAUUAAUUAUUGAAUUCGACGAGAAAAGUCCAAAUGGAUUAAAUGCUGUGACUUUAACUACUAUCAAAACUCAACAAAAUGUUAACAAUCAUUUGAUAAAGCUUUUGACUCAAAAAGAAAGAGAUUCGCCAGAAACAGUACAGAUGUUGAGCAAAGGAGAUAUUGUUUAUAUUUCAACGUUUGUGGAUUUACACGCUAUUUACGUUAGACGUAUUAACAACGGCACAGAUAAAUUUAAAUCAUUCUUGGAGAAUUUUUCAUCUUUCUGCGCGUUAGAAAGUCCUAUAAAAAAUGAUCCUAAAGUUGGUGCUAUCAUUGCGGCAAGAGAACAUGGAGGAAAUAAAUUCUACAGAGCUGAAAUUAUUUCUAGAGUAGACAAUGACAACUUUAAUGUCUGUUUUAUUGAUUUUGGAUAUUGUGAUACCAUACAUAAAAGUAAUAUGGUACAGCCGCCCGAAUCACAGCUACAAAAUUGUCCGCCUACGUUUAUGGUCAGGUUGCAUGGACUAGAUGCAGAACCUGCUAAUGCCACGAUAUUGCACUACAUAGAGGAUAUCAGCCAUACAGAUACAUUUAUAAUUGACUCCAUCACUGAACUAAACAAAGUUGUAUUGAUAUCAGCCAAUACACAAUGCAAUAUAAAUAAAGAAAUAAAGAAACUUUUAGACAACGGAAAUAUUGGACAACAUAUUAAAAACGGUGUGAACGCCAACGGUGACAAACAUGCCGAAAAAUGCGUAAUAAAGUACUACAGACCGCCUUUGGACGUUGCCACUCAGGUUUGGGUCGCAGACAAAAUAUCUCCUUCGAGGUACUCUGUACACACAAGUGACAGUCGUCUUGAAUUCAUACAGUUGGAGAAUCAAAUCUUUGAAGACAGUAAAACGUUUGAAUCUGUUAAAUCUGUCAGUGUUAAUAUGCCGUGCAUCGUGUACUUUAGUCCUAGUUGGUAUCGUGGUGUAGUGUUGGAGGUAAUCGAUAAAGUCACCGCAAAAGUUGGUCUUGUGGACGUUGGAAAUUUCAGUGUCGUUCGCAGCAUCAAAGAAAUUUUCCGCAUGCCUUCGAAAUACAAAGGAAAAUCGCUGUUGGUGAAUAUCGAGAUACAACCAGAACCGCAAGAAAAAUUAGCAGUCACGUCGUUCAGAAUCAUUGCUAAAAAACACUUGGACAAUGUCACAGUGGUAGAAGUAUUGCUGGGAUCUACAGUAGAUCAAUCUUAUGACGAUCUGGUUCGUAGUGUACAUGUCAUAGACAAUGUUGGGCUGCCGUCGUUUUCUUCGACCCCCAUACCAGAAGACUCCGCACAGUUUCAAUUCAACAACAGCCGCAACGAAAAUAACCUACUGAGUACGACCCUGUGUCAGGAACAGCAAACGUCUGGUGCUGCAGAUCAUAGUAAGCGGUUUUCCAACAUGUUGACAAUCAAAGACGUGCAGUACGCAAGAUGGCUAAAAGGUGCUGUUAAAACAUUGACGUUCUUGUGCGUGAACGGUGACUGUUUGAUGAUGAGGGAUCAUCUGAUCGACGAUACACUGGCGGAUUUGGAAGCAAAAAUCCAAGAACACUGCAUGACCGCUGUCGAUCCGCUGUACACACCAGCUGAAAACGAACUCUGCCUGGCCAAGUACUUUGAUGAAUUGUGGUAUAGGGCUAUAUGUGUGAAAGCCCCUAACGAUUUGGACAAAAACGACAACGACUACAUGGUUUAUUUCUUGGACUGGGGAAUGGAGUACUUGUCAAAAGUCGAAGACAUUAAGAAAAUGCCCAAGGACUUUAUCUACCUACCAGCAACAGCCUACAAAUGUUACGUAAAAGAUGCCCCAGUGUUGGAGUGGAGCGCCGGCACAAUGCACGCGGUAUCCGAGCUCGGUCUGAAACAGUUGCCAAGCACGAUCAACGAUAAACUGUCCAAUGACAGUUACAUGAUAUCCUGUCCCGCCAUCAAAGACUUGUUCGACAAGAAUUAGCAGUGAGCAGCUGGAACGUUAAGCGAUGUACACGUCCAAGCUGCACCCAAUUCUGAAGUCAUCCUCUAACAAUGCAAAAUUUAGAUACAUACUUAAUUAUUUUAUAAUGUUAAAACUAGUAACUAUGUAAAGUGUUUUAUUAAUCAUUUCGCAAUAUUUCAACAUAAAUGGUUGUAGCGGUGUUAUAUUUUUUAUUAUUUAUAUAUUAUUUUUUUUCUACUGUAUUUUUCUCCAUCGAGUGAAAAAUUAUUAUUUUCAUUGUGUCAAUUAUUACAUUGGUUCUUCAUACCAUCAAUCUAAGAAGUGUUAUUAUUUUAAAAUAUUUUGUACAUUAAAAAAAACAAAGAAGUGUAAAAGACAUUGACCAUAUUAUUUUGCUUUAUUUAUCGAUUGGUUAUUUUUUUUAACACCUUUGGCGAUAUUAUGUUGACUGACACUCGCGGCAAUUACGGAUAAGGCAUUGAUCAUGAAUAAACACUGUUGCUAUCAUA